AUAUUCAUAAAUCAAUGAAUGACAAUUCACUUCUUCAACUCCAAACUCUGAAUUGCGACACACUAAAAUGGAGAAAACCCUUUAUUCAUCUUCCGCAUUCUCUCUUUCUUCUACACCUUCUAAUCCUUCCCGUUCUCUUCUCACUUCCGCUUUCCCUUUCGCAUCUUUCAAAACCUCACCUUUCUUCAAAUGUCGCAUCAGGGCUUCCGUCGCUGUUGAGCAACAAACUCAGCAGAACAAAACCGCUCUUCUCAGAAUUGGUACCAGAGGAAGUCCACUAGCUCUGGCUCAGGCGCAUGAGACCAGAGAUAAACUCAUGGCAUCACAUACUGAGCUAGCUGAAGAAGGGGCUAUUCAGAUUGUGAUAAUUAAAACAACUGGUGAUAAAAUACUGUCCCAACCGCUUGCUGACAUAGGUGGAAAAGGGUUGUUCACCAAAGAAAUAGAUGAGGCACUCAUAAACGGGGACAUUGACAUUGCUGUUCACUCGAUGAAAGACGUUCCUACAUAUUUACCUGAUAAAACAAUUUUACCGUGUAACCUUCCACGUGAGGAUGUCAGAGAUGCAUUUAUAUCCUUGAGUGCUGCUUCGCUGGCUGAUCUACCGUCUGGAAGUGUUGUUGGUACCGCUUCACUUCGACGAAAGUCACAGAUCCUCCACAGAUAUCCAUCUCUAAAUGUGCAGGAUAAUUUUCGCGGUAAUGUCCAAACAAGACUGAGAAAGCUCAGUGAGGGGGUUGUCCAAGCUACCUUAUUGGCUUUAGCUGGACUGAAACGAUUACAUAUGACAGAAAAUGUAAGUUCAACCUUAUCAAUCGAUGAUAUGCUUCCAGCUGUUGCUCAGGGUGCAAUUGGAAUAGCCUGUAGAAGUAACGAUGAUAAAAUGGCAGAAUAUCUUGCUUCACUGAACCACGAAGAAACAAGACUAGCAAUUUCAUGCGAAAGAGCCUUCCUCGAGACUUUGGACGGGUCUUGCCGAACUCCUAUUGCAGGGUAUGCUAGCAGAACCGAGGAUGGCAAUUGCUUGUUUAGAGGAUUAGUUGCUUCCCCCGAUGGAACACGUGUGCUCGAAACUUCAAGAAUCGGCCCUUAUGCAUUUGAAGACAUGAUGAAGAUGGGUAAGGAUGCUGGGGAGGAGCUUCUUUCUCGAGCUGGACCUGGCUUUUUCAAUAGUUAGCAGCAACAUAGAUUAUAAGUUUCAACAUUCAGAUCAGAACACGGGUAUGGUAGGUUGUUUGAUGAGCUUUUUAAAGUGACUGCUGCUUCCCAAGUUUGUUUAUUCUUUUUUCAUCUGAACUCCUUAUCAGGGUCAAAUUGUUGUAUCAUUAUUAGGUGAUUGGGAAGCCAAAUUUUUGUAAUAUUUAUUUAUUGUUCAAGCAAUAGUGAGGUUUUAGAACUCAUGCUUAACAUGGAAUUUUGGUACUUGAUGGAUUGUCUUUUCA